CCCCUUCCCUCUUCGUUCUUUCCUUCACGACACAUCUCUCUCUCUCUCUCUCUCGGAUCAAUAAUAUUUAAACCAUUAUUAUUCUGGCGGAGUCCCGUUGUUCCAUGAAUCUCUCCACCUCCCCUUCUAUAAAUAUCGAGUCCGAUCGCUUCUGGGUCGGGCUCAAACGGACCGUCCGCUGCUUCCGGGAGGAGACAUUCCAACUUUGAGCCAUGGAUUUGAGCGGAGCAAAGGCCAUCGUCACGUCGAGAUUCAAGAGGGUGUGCGUGUUCUGCGGCAGCAGCACUGGGAAGAGGAACUGUUACAGAGACGCCGCUCUUGAGUUGGCCCAAGAGCUGGUAGCGAGAAGGUUGGACCUUGUGUAUGGAGGGGGGAGCAUUGGGUUGAUGGGUCUGGUCUCUCAGGCGGUUCACCGUGGAGGAGGAAACGUUCUUGGGAUAAUCCCAAGAACUCUCAUGGGCAAAGAGAUAACAGGUGAAACUGUGGGAGAGGUGAGGCCAGUGGCUGACAUGCACCAGAGGAAAGCGGAAAUGGCUCGCCACUCCGAUUGCUUCAUUGCCCUACCAGGUGGGUAUGGAACUCUGGAGGAGUUAUUGGAGGUCAUAACUUGGGCUCAACUCGGAAUUCACGACAAGCCUGUCGGGUUGCUGAACGUGGAUGGGUACUACAACUACCUCCUCACAUUCAUCGACAAGGCAGUGGACGAUGGCUUCAUCAAGCCAUCUCAACGUCACAUCAUAGUCUCUGCACCGAACGCCAAGGAGCUCGUCCAAAAGCUGGAGGAGUAUGUGCCGGUUCAUGAUGGUGCCAUUGCUAGGGCAAGGUGGGAGGUUGAGCUCGAGCUCGAGCAGCAACAGCAGCAGCAGCAGCAGCAGGUGGUGUUGAAUACAGCCACUCUGCAGACUGAAAUCGCUCUCUGAAAGGGUAGUGAAGGAAAGGACUCUUUUUGGGGGGGACUCUGCUAACUUUUUUCUCAGUCUGAUUGAAUCACUGAUGCAUCAUACCAAGCUGAUCUCUAUGCCAACAAGGCUAAGUUUUAUGGUUGGGUGAUUAGGCGAUAAAUGGCAAGUAGGAGGGGAUGGAAAGAAGUCAGGUCCUUUUCUUUUGCACUUGAAAACACGGAACAUAAUGAUAGUAUUAUUGUCUCUAGUCUCUUUGGGCUUGGGCUGAUAUAAACCGUGUUGAUCCUCUCUCUCUCUCUCUCUCUCUCUCUCUCUCUAGUCCUCUCUCUCUUUUGUUGUAGUUGGUUUUUGCCUCGAAUGAUGUACAGACAUUUUAUAUGGGAAGGAACAAGAAGAAAGACUCCAAAACAAAAAUUUUAGCAGAGGGCAAAGAACAGCAAGCAGCUUUAUUCUCUCUGCAUUGAU